ACCACGUGAGAGCACGCGUCGUGUGUUGCUAGUGAUGCGCACUUCAACUUUGACUUCAACUUAUUCUCAUCAAGGCCAUCUAUAGAAUUCUCAUUUUGAGCGGACUCGCACAGAAAACGAGGGAUCUUGUCUUGGAGAUUGAGAUGGAUCAGCAUGAUCCAUCAGUGUCUGAACUACUGCCGCUCAUGCGGGCUGCAUCAAUGUCACCAAAAGGACCAAAGUGGUCUCUGGAGGGCUCCGCUGACAGCGACGGGGAAUGGGGUCCGUCACAGAGUGUGAGGAAGUCUCAGAGGCCGAGGAGCUGCACUCCCAUAGAUAGUGGCUCUGAGAGCGACUUUCGGCCAGUUGUGAAGGAGGAGAUAAAGAUUGAAGUCACUUCACCAAGGGUUGAGCGGCCGUCGUCUCCCUCGGUGUCGGACGACGAUCCUUUCUCGGACCGCGCUCUGCAUUCUUUAGUGAAGGAGGAAAAGUACCGACCUCGAUCACCGUCACCGUCUGAGGACUUCAUCGGGUUCACUGAGGUGGACCGGGACAGUGCCUGUUUCAUCUCCAAUGCAAAAAGGAGUCUGUUACUUGGUUGUUCGUCUGCCAUUCGAGACUCUACUGAAGUUUUUGCUGAUACAGUGUUCAUCAAGAGUCAACGUCUCGUCAUUAACUACCGAGAUGUGGACGGUCUCGAUGAUAGUAACAUAUUUUGUGACGUGUGCUGCCGCGAUUGGGACGGUGAAUGUCCCGUCCAUGGACCGCUAAAGAUCAUACACGAUACCAAGGCACGACCCGGUAUCGGAGAUGUCGACAGGGACGUCAAGACUCUCCCGCCUUCUCUCAGCUCUGGUCAGUCGACAAAUCCAGCGUCUGGCACCGGAGUUUUGGCGGAGAAGGACAUACCUGCGCGCCAAAGACUCGGUCCUUACGAGGGCACCUUGACCACCGAGCAGGGUCAGGCCCGAAGUCGAACAACCGGGUACAGAUGGCAGAUCAAGAAGGGUAAGCGCGUGCAUCACUCGGUGAAUGCCGAAGACCCGAGCUGCAGCAACUGGCUCAGAAGGGUCAACUGUGCCCGCUCGGAGGAAGAACAAAACCUAGUGGCCUUCCAGUACCGGGGCCAGGUAUACUUCAGGACGUCAAAGCCCGUUCCGCGGGGCUCUGAGCUGCUGGUGUACUACGGAGACGACUCGGCCCGGGAACUGACCGUCCACUCGGAGACGUCUGAGGAGUCUGUGACUUCCUCUCCGGCCGGACCUUCAUCUUCAGGUAUCAGUGGCUCGUUCCAGUGUCCCCACUGCGGCUUCCGAUGUCUGGGACAACAAAAUCUGGACGGUCACGUGAAGAAAAGUCACAGUCGCAUCGGGAAGAACGGGAGAUUCAAGAGCGAGCAGUGUCAAUACUCGACCGACAGGUUCACAAACAUGAAACACCACCAAAGGACUCACGCUGGGGAACGGCCGCACCGCUGUGAUAUCUGUACGGCACGGUUCACUCAACGGUCACACCUCACGGCACACAUGCUGACUCACACUGGAGUGCAGCCGUACGGCUGCUCCAUCUGUAUGGCGGGGUUCACUCGACGGUCAACUCUCAACACCCACAUGCGAACCCACACGGGGGAGCGGCCACACGGCUGCUCCAUCUGCACUGCACGGUUCACUACGCGGUCAAAACUCAACAACCACAUGCGGACUCACACUGGGGAGCGGCCGUACGGCUGCUCCAUCUGCACGGCACGGUUCACUGAACGGUCUACCCUCACAAAACACAUCCGUACCCACACGGGGGAACGGCCGCACGGCUGCUCCAUCUGCACGGCACGGUUCCCUGCACGGUCUACCCUCACAAAACACAUGCGUACCCACACGGGGGAACGGUCGUACGGCUGCUCCAUCUGCCCGGCACGGUUCGCUGUUCGGUCAAACCUCAACAACCACAUGCGGACUCACACUGGGGAGCGUCCUUACGGCUGCUCCAUCUGCACGGCACGGUUCACUGAACGGUCUACCCUCACUAGACACAUGCGUACCCACACUGGGGAGCGGCCCUACGGCUGCUCUAUCUGCAAGGCACUGUUCACAGACCGGUCACACCUUACCAGACACAUGCGGACUCACACAGGGGAGCGGCCGUACGGCUGCUCAACCUGUGCGGCACGGUUCGCUCAACGGGCAUAUCUCAACGAACACAUGCGGACCCACACGGGGGAGCGGCCGUACGGCUGCUCACAUUGCCAGGCUCUGUUCCCUCAACGGGCACAUCUCACCAAACACAUACGAACCCACACAAUGAACGGGCGCAUUGCUGGCUCGGUUGUUUGACACACACACAGUAAGCCACUUUUCGGUAGUACACAGUUUUGAUUAUUACACAGGUAGGUAUGACCGAUGGAUAAAUGAUUUCAUUGACGAAAUGCAGUGUUGAGUCGUGUCAAGUAACAUCAACAAGUGCAUGGCCGGCCGCCGUUGUAUGUUUGGUAUUAGGGUUACAGAUGUGGUUCUCGUUCGUGAGCGUCGUGGCUACGCGCGUCACAUCUGGUUUGUUUGUAUUUACACAGGAUGAUUCAGUGGUUGUGUUUUUAAGUAGCCGCCUUUACAUAGGAGGUAAGGAGUGUCGAUGUUUGGUACAGCGUCGUAGCGCUGUAAUUUGUGAAGAGUAUCCGGCAUUGAAUGACAUUGCCUCUUUUUUGCUGUUACGACUCACUCGCAUUCGUGGCAUUCCGUAUGUUCUGCGCAGCUUUUGUCGAUAAGGUGCAGGUAAAAGGUAGUGUGCCAAUUUUCUUUGACCAUAUGAAGUUAAUGGCCCGGAUAAGGAGAACCGGAUUUUUAGAACU